AUGUCAGAAGAGUAUGAUUCAGAAACAAGCGACUUCGACUUUAGAGACGAGUUAGCGGACUUGGUAUCUGCAGGAAGUUCGAUCAAUCACGAGGAUCAAAAAGCCAGGGUUGUUCGCUUGAUGAUGGACCAUUCAGCCUUUGUUCGUGGGAUUGGAAAUAUCAAACGUUGGUUCAAUGAGGAGUAUGUAAAACAGAAUUUCAAUAAAACAUUGGAACCCAUCGUUUUAAACUUGUAUAUACCAUCGUAUACCUUGCACGAGUUUGAUUUUGUGAAGAAGGGAACCUCAAUAACGGCAACAAACGCUAGAGAAGCGAUCAGAUUUGUUGACAACUAUUUGGAAAAUCCCUCCGAAAUGCAGUUUGGAAAUGUUAGAUACAAUUUGACUUUAGAGUCGCCAAGUGAAAUACCACCCUCUUGGACUAAAUGUGCAAAAUACAAGUUGUAUUCGCCCAAAACAAAGGACUUUCCUAAUUACAAAACCAAAUUUGAUUCGAAUCUCAUUGGAGAAGUCCCACACAAGGAAAGCCAUCUUCUGCAUCGCGAGAGUGAACCAUUGACUGAGGGGCCGGAUGACACGGCCUCAUCCGAGUCUACGGCGGAAAUGCCAGCUAGAUUGAAAUACUUGAUACGUACAUGUAUCUACAAGCGAUUCAUUGAAAAGACUCAACCACAGCCCAAAAGCAAUUUGGAAGAUUGGAAGUUGGUUACAGAGGAUCCGAUAACCAAGGUUUGGGCAAAGUCAUAUGGUAUUGAUUGCGUUAACGUCAAUGAGGCCGAACUACUCAUAUUCCAAAACUAUGAUGUCAACUCAUUUCGAAUGUACAAUCCCUUUUCGGUAAACGAGGGAUUUGAUCCAAGGAAUGACGUUUUACAAAACAAGAUCGAUUCGACUUUGUAUGAGUAUCAACCAGUGAAGCAAGAGCCUCCUAAUACCAAGUCUACACGCCGAUCAAGAAGACGUAAGGAGAAAGACGCCGAACCGAUUCCAUAUGAUGGUGCUGUUCAUGAAGAGAAGGAUAGCAACUAUUUGAGCGGUGCGAUCAAGAAAGAAAAAUUUGAUGCUAUUAAUUUUGCUCCCAGAGGGCAAGGGAAACUUUGGAAACCAUAG